UAGAUCCUUUUACACUCUAAAUAGAACAUAUUCUUAGUAGGACUAAGCGGCAUUUUUGUAAUCAGUUCGGCGUAUUGAGGACGGACAAACAAACCAAAUGAUAAAACUGUUUUAAAGAAGAAAGAGUCGCUCAGAGAAUUUGCUAUGGCUGGGAAGGUUGUAUUUGGCAAACUUCGAAACCACCUGAUUGGUACAGGUGUGGCUAUGGCAGGAUGGGUAGCUUUUUCCUAUGUUCCGAAUACAGUCGGAGUUAAGUAUGCAAAAAGAUAUAUUGAAGCCUACAGUCCGUAUUGUAAAAGUGUAUCUGCUGAACUAGAAACAGAAGACUUGUUGAAUGAGGUGAUACGAGAUAUAAAUGCUAGUCAGGCUAAACCAGUGAAGACAGAUGGUAUUGAGUUUUUACAGACAAAUCAGCUGUUUCCUGAGCCUUUCCACAAAGGCAAUUCAUCAACUGGUGCUUUUAUAGGUUUAGCGAUUGGUACGAGAUGUAAUGCGGAGGAUGUUUUCCACUACCACUGCCCUUCCGAAGUGAGCCCCGAGAUGGCUAAAUUCUGUCUACUAAGCCGGGAAGCAAAGAAGUUUAUAUUUGCUAGACAAAUAUGUUACGUUGAGGAUAGCUAUAUUCAGUUUCGUUGUUUACUUGGUCUCGGACUGAUUACAGCAGGUUCAUUUAUACAAUAUUUAUGUAAAUCAGCAUUAGACUCUUUACUUCAAAUGAAACUGAAUUUAGAGAUAAUUGAAGCAAAGGGAAAGUCAGAAGUUAUUGAAGACUUAAUUUUUUUCAAAAAGGCUAAAGCAAAGACACACCGAGUCUUAACCUUCUUCUUUGUGAGCAUUGUUGGUGUAUAUAUUUAUAGACUUUUGGAUGCUCAGUAUAAUUGGAUGCUGGAAAAAAAUGCGGAUGACAAAGUUGCACAUCUUGGACCUGAGUAUAGAGCAGGCGGUUUGCAGUUCUACGAGAAUGUUAUAGCAGGAAAUAUGUUUAACUACAAGCGAUUUGGUGAAGGUUGUGGGAUUGACUCCGAUGGGAAUAAAAUUCAGGGGAAAUAUGAGCUAAUUCCCAAACAUAUUCCAUUAACAGUGCGCUGUCAGUACUUUGCGAUGAUGGCAUCUCAGGAUAAGACCAAGGAUUCAACAGAACCAAAGGCUGCCAGCUGAGAAUUGUAGAAAAUUAAGAAGUACAGCUUACAAAAUGAGGAGACAAAACUUAAUGGAUAAAAACAAGACUAAUAUGCAUCCCCUUUCCUCAUCUCAAGCCCUCUGUCAUUAUUCCAAUGUAAAGGUUGUAAUGUAACCAUUCAAAAAAAACUGUUGACCUUUUUUUGUGAACAAAUUUUCACACUUAAUAUUGUAAAGACAUAGUAUUACAUUGUUACCAAGUUUCAUAUAAAACCAGUAAAAUGCCAGCUCUAAAGUAUUGAAAUUUCUUUUUCUAUAUAUUUUCAUUCAAAGCUGGUGACCAAAUUUUUUUUAUCUCAGAUUCAGAAGACUCAAUUUAUAAUUUGACCUUGGUUUGAUAAAGAUUCUGACUAUCUAUUCACCAUACAAGAGAUAUGUCCUUUAUUAACUUUAAAAGCACAAGAAAAAUUUUCAUGACACCCGACUUAUAGCUGGUAGGUUUACUAAGUUAUAUGAAGAAUAUGCAGGUUCUUCAGUUAAGGUUCUGUUUUAAAGAUGGUUUCUGUGGAUGUAAAAAUAUAUAAAAAAAUGCCCUUUCUGGUAGGGAACAUAUUUUUGUGCCCCCACUAUGAGUCUUGCCUGUCCUUCCAUCUGAAAAAUGUUUGUGACAAGCCUAGCUCAAAAUUAUUUGAUAUAAACUGAUGAAAACUUGCAUGAGUCUUUAUCAUGAUAUUAACUUGCACACCUCCUAAUUUUCGUCUCACUAAACCCUCUAUUUCAAGAGUUAUGACCCCUGAAAUACAUGUAGUAAAAAAUGCACAUUUUCACCUAAAGAUGUUCCUAGCUCAAAAACUAUUUUAUGUAAAUUCAUGAAACCUUGCAAGAGUCUUUAUCAUAUGACUUUGCACACUUGGCAUUCUUCUUGAGAAUUUAGUGCUAGUAACAGAGUUAUGCCCCUUGAAAUAGCCAAAAUAGUGGAUUUUUUGUUUGUGAUGCUCAUAGCUCAGAAAGUAUAUGGCCUAGAAUUAUGAAUCCUUUAUAUCAAAUGUUUGUUGAGGCUAUACCCUCUUAAGACUGCAAACAUCUGAAUUAUUGCCCCUUAUUUGCGACAAAUGUACAGUGGGGGCAAACCCUGUGUCCUACAGACACAUUCUAGUUCUAGGGAAUAAUGUUAAAUCUGCGGUCAUUGUCCAGCUUCGGUCGUUGUGCAUUGUCCGUCAACAAUUGCCUUGUUAACAUGCUAGAGGCCACAUUUGUGACCCAAUCUUUAUGAAACUUGGUCAGAAUGUUUGUCUUGAUGAUCUCUAGGUCAAAUUCGAAACUGGGUCAUGUGAAACUUGGUCAGAAAUUAUACCUUGAUGAUCUUUAGACCAAGUUCGAAUCUGGGUCAUGUGGGAUCAGACAAGGACAGAUCAAAAGAAAAUCGUGUUAAUACUCUAAUGACCUCAUUUUAUGUUUGAAACUCAUGAGAAUUGGUCAGAAUGUUUGUCUUGAUGAAAUCUAGGUCAAAUUCAAACAUGGGUUAUUUAGGGUCUAAAACUAGGUCACCCAGUCAAAUCAAAGAAAAACUCUGUGUGUGCAAAAGGCUGCAUUUUUGACUGGAUACUUGUGAAAUUUGAUUAGAAUGAUCUUCUUGAUGAAAUCUAGGUCAGAUUUGAAUAUGGGUCAUCUGGGAUCAAAAACUAGGUUACCGGGUCAAAUCAAAGAAAAACCUUGUGUAUGCAAUAGGGGCUGUAUUUUUCAUCUGAUAUGCAUAUGAAACUUGGUCAGAAUGUUUGUCUCCAUAAGAUCUCCGAUGAAUUUAUAUCCUGGUCACAUGGAUUCAAAAAUUAGGUCACUGGGUCAAAGCAAAGAAAAAGCUUGUUUACACUUGAGAGGCCACAUUUUUUGUUCAAUCCUAAUGAAAAUUGGUCAGAAUAUUUGUCUCCAUGAAAUCUCAGAUGUGUUAAAAGUUGGGUCAGAUUGGGUCAAAAACUAGGUAAAUAGGUCAGAUUGAAGAAAAAUCUUGUUUACACUCUAGAGGCCAUAUUUUUUCUCCAGUCUUCAUGAAACUUGGUUAGAAUGUUUAUCUCCUUGAAAAUGCAGCUGAGUUUGAAACUGGGUCAUGUUGUAUCAAGAACUGGGUCACUAGAUCAAACAUGUUUACACUGUUAUAGUGUGUUACUCAGGUGAGUGACCUAGGGCCAUCUUGGCCCUCUUAUUAUGAAAUUUAGAUCAUGUGCGAAACCUAGGUACCUGCAGACAAAAAUUAGGUGACUGGGUUUACUCAUGAUUUUUUUUUUUUACAUGACAACAGUCUGACCAUAUUUAAGAUAGAUCAGGUAGAAUAUAUAGUGCCUCUUUUCUUCACAAGAUAUUUCUUUGACUUGACCUAGUGACCUAAUUUUUGACAUCAGAUGACCCAGUUUUGAACUUCUAGAACAUUUAUCUAAAGAUGAUGUUUUUUUUAGUUACGAUUGUAAAACAGCGCUUUGGGAUAUUCCUAAGGGUUUUGUGAAUGGACAAUUUUUGUUUUCAGUCUUCACAAGUCUUAUGUAUGGUAGCCUGAAUUUUGGUAUACAGUUGAGUCACUGUUGCUUUGUCUGUGAGACUAUGUCAGAUCUGUUUUAAACAAACAUUGAAAUUGUGAACAAAGUGUUCAACUGGUAGAACAUAAAUUCUUACAGGAUUUAUUUGACCCAUAGGACAUGUUUUGAAUGUGAUUCUGUGAUAGAUAUUCUGAAAUGUUUGAAACAAAACAGUAACAUCAUAUUGUUGUAUGAAAGUAUAAAACUGCCAAUAUGUUCAUAAAAGCUUUAACAAGAUCAAUCAUGUAUUGUAGUUUAUCUUUUAUAAUGUUAGCUAUAAUUUUCUGUAUUUCUCCAUAUAUUUUUAGCUCACCUGAGCCAAAGGCUCACGGUGAGCUUUUGUGACUGCUCGAUGUCAUGUCGUCCAUCCGUCAACAAUUUCUAAAAAAAAUCUUCUUCGAAACCACUGGGCAGAUUUACACCAAACGUCACAGGAAUGAUCCUUGGGUGGCCCCCUUUCAAAAUUGAAUUCCACACACAACUCUUAUUGCCAUGGCAACCGAAAGGAAAAUCUUUUAAAAAAAAAUUCUCAGAAACUUUUAGCCGGAUUUCAAAUAUAUUUUGUUGAAAUUAUCUCUAGGUGACUCUCUACCAAAAUUGCUUAAGCCGUCCUGUUUUGAUAAAAAACAUGGCCGCCAGGGGGCGGGGCUUAUCUUCUCUCAAUGGCUAUAUUGUAAAUUUCAAAACCACUGGGUGGAUUUACACCAAACUUCACAUAAAUGAUCCUUGGGUAGCCUCCUUUCAAAAUUGCCAAAAGAUUUAAAAUCAGAACCUCGGGUGUUAAGUCGGCAAUUUUUAGUCCUUCUGUUGUGCUCUGUUUGCCUUUGUCAAUCUGUUUGUGAAUAUGUGCCAUACAUAGAAAUCUUUUAGUUACCAGAAAUCAUUGUAGAUUUCUUUGAACUUGGUCAGGUUAUUUACAGUGUAGGUCUUUUUUAAAGUUGGUCACUUACGUUACUUCCCACAUGGGCCAUAACACAUGAGUAAAGGUAAAACCACAAUCCAUAGUGUUCCAAAUCAUGUUGAUUAAAUAUAUCUACUUAUAAUGAUAUUUGUGAAACACUUCAGUUCUAAGUUCUAACAUUGUCCUAAGUAAGCUCCAUGAUACAGUCCUCUGGUCCGUCUACUACAGUGUGCUUUGUUAGCUCACCUGAGCAUUUUGUUCUCCGGGUGAGCUAUUGUGAUCGCUCGUCGUCCGUCCACACUUUCCUUAUAACAAUAUCUCUUCUGAAACCAUUUGGUGGAAGUUGAUAAAACUUGGCCUGGAUGUUCUUUGGAUGGUCCUCUUUCAAAAUUUGUUCAAAUGGUUCCGCUUGGUUGCACAUAGGGGCCGCCAGAGCUAAAAAUAGAAAUAAAUCUUCUAACAACAUCUCUUAAGCCGCUGGUCUGAUCUCAAAAUAAUUUCACACAAAUUGUCCUUAUGUAAUCCUCUGUCAAGAUUGUUCAGAUUAUUACGGUUCAUCAAAAACCGUGGCUGCCAGAGGGUUUGGUCACUUUUCCCUAUAUGUAUUUAGUAGAAACUUUAAAAAUCCUCUUUUUAUGAAACUGCUGGCCCGAUUUUGAAAUAAUUUCACACAAAUGGUCCUUGUAUCACCCUCUGCCAAGAUUGUUCAAAUUAUACCGAUUCCUCAAAAGUUAUGGCCGCCAGAGAGCGUGGUCUAUUUUCCCUAUAUGUAUUUAGUGGAAACUUAAAAAAUCUUCUUGUAUGAAACUGCUCACAUAAAUGGUCCUUGAGCUGGACAUUUCUCAUCUGACCUUCACCAAACUUGAACAAAAUGUGUUUGCCAGUAAGUCCUCAGCCAAGUUCGAUAACUAGUCAAAUUGGCCCAGGCACUUUGGAGUUAUGGCCCUUGAAACAUUGUUUUUGAUAAUCAAAGCACUGAAAGUCUGAUUGGGCUGUAUCGAAGCACUGAAAGUCUGAUUGGGUUGUAUCAAAGCACUGAAAGUGUUUGGGUGUUUUUGAUAAUCAAAGCACUGAAAGUCUGAUUGGGAAUUAAGAAUAUAUAGGGAGUAGGGUUUACGCUCGAACAUUUCUCAUCCGAUCAUAUACUUCUAUUCAGAUGACUAGGCAGUUGUGGGAGACAUGCGCUUUUCUCAAAAGCAGCUCUAAUUUAGUAGAAACUUUGACUGUUCAAGCAAGCAACUAAACUCAGGUGAGCGGUAUAGGGCCAUCAUGGCACCAGCCUGAAGGCCUAAAGCUGAGAAAUUGAACAUGUAGCAUUUUGUAGUAAUUCUCAACUAAAUCUGUUCAAAUCAUCCCCUGGGGUCGAAAUUGGCCCCACUAUAGGGUUCACUUGUUUUAAAUAGACUUACACUAGAAAACCUUUAAACUCCACUUGUCUUACACUUAGGGCACUUGCAAGCAGAUACUUGGCAUGUAGCUUUGGGUAGUUAUCCUUUUCCCUUUGUUCAAAUUAUGCUUCUGGGGUCCAGUUUGGCCCACCCAGGGUCAUUUGUUUAUCUAAAUCUUAUUAUCUAAAAUUUCGAGGCCUAGAGCUUAGAUAUUAGGCAUAUAGCAUUGUGUAGAGGUCCUAUCAAGAAACAUGGCACCCAUUUGAGCCAGGAGAGUGAUGUAGGACCAUCAAGGCCCUCUUGUAUAAUAAAUGUGAAGUACAGAUUUGCUGAUCUAAAUUGUGUAAUGAGCAUAAUUUUAUAUUUUUAUCCUACCUUCAUGUGAUAUAAAAGGCAAAAUCUAGUAUAAUAAAUUUUUAGGAUUU